GUCACUUCCGGCGGACGCUUUGCGUCGUUACAUCGUCACUUCCUGCUGCUACCGGUGUGGAAGGUGUGGGUCGCUGCCGAGCCGAUACUCCGGUUCUCCCCCUCCCCUUUUCUCCUCCCUCCCUCCCUUCCCCUCCCCGGGGGACUGUCGCUCGCCCGUCGCGUACUCCCUGACCCCUCCCUCACCCCCUCCUGACUUCGGUGCCAGCGGCUUGGCCUUUUCCUGUUUCCCGGCCCAGUCCCAGUGCCAGGGCGGGGGCCUUGAGGAGCCUGAGGCGCCUCCGCGGAGGAGAGAAAAGACGAAGACCCUCGCGGGCUCCACAGCCCGAGCGCCCAGUUCGCCGCCGCCAUGGCCCUGAGGCAGACACCGCUCACCUGCUCCGGCCACACGCGGCCCGUGGUUGAUUUGGCCUUCAGCGGCAUCACGCCAUAUGGCUAUUUCUUAAUCAGCGCUUGUAAAGAUGGUAAACCUAUGCUACGCCAGGGAGAUACAGGAGACUGGAUUGGAACAUUUUUGGGUCAUAAGGGUGCUGUUUGGGGUGCAACAUUGAAUAAGGAUGCCACCAAAGCAGCUACAGCAGCUGCAGAUUUCACAGCCAAAGUGUGGGAUGCUGUCUCAGGAGAUGAAUUGAUGACCCUGGCUCAUAAACACAUUGUCAAGACUGUGGAUUUCACUCAGGAUAGUAAUUAUUUGUUAACCGGGGGACAAGAUAAACUGUUACGCAUAUACGACUUGAACAAACCUGAAGCAGAACCUAAGGAAAUCAGUGGUCACACCUCUGGUAUUAAAAAGGCUCUAUGGUGCAGUGAGGAUAAACAAAUUCUUUCAGCUGAUGAUAAAACUGUCCGCCUUUGGGAUCAGGCUACUAUGACAGAAGUGAAAUCUCUAAAUUUUAAUAUGUCUGUUAGCAGUAUGGAAUAUAUUCCUGAGGGAGAGAUCUUGGUAAUAACCUAUGGACGGUCUAUUGCUUUUCAUAGUGCAGUAAGUUUGGAUCCAAUUAAAUCUUUUGAAGCUCCUGCUACCAUCAAUUCUGCAUCUCUUCACCCUGAGAAAGAAUUUCUAGUUGCAGGUGGUGAAGAUUUUAAACUUUAUAAGUAUGAUUAUAAUAGUGGAGAGGAAUUAGAAUCCUACAAAGGACACUUUGGUCCUAUUCACUGUGUGAGAUUUAGUCCUGAUGGAGAACUCUAUGCCAGUGGUUCUGAAGAUGGAACAUUGAGACUAUGGCAAACUGUGGUAGGAAAAACAUACGGCCUUUGGAAAUGUGUGCUUCCUGAAGAAGAUAGUGGUGAGCUGGCAAAGCCGAAGAUCAGUUUUCCAGAGACAACAGAAGAGGAGCUAGAAGAAAUUGCAUCAGAGAAUUCAGAUUCCAUCUAUAGUUCAACUCCUGAAGUUAAGGCCUGAGCAUCGGGCAUAUGCCAUAGUAUACAGCCUACGGACUAAAACAGGCAAGCAGAGAAAAGCAUCAGCCUUCCAGGGUUACUCUCUGCUUCAGGCAAACAUGGACAGUAAAUAAUGGGGAAUAUGAAUUAGCUCCUGCACUGGAACUAACUUGGUGUUACCUGUAAGUGAAAACUCAAGAGUAUCAGAAGAAGGCAGAUGGAGUUAUGCUCUUGUAGUUCGACAGCCUACUGCCUUCAGAAUGAAUAUGUGCAAGCCAGCAUCCAAUUCCUCUUAUUACAAUUAGAUUUCUUGCAGCUGUUUAUGUUAUUAUGGAGAAAAAAAAUAUAAUGGCCUAUUUUUCUGACUUUUCCCUUAAAGCAGAAAGACUUUUGUUCUAGUCAUAAAGAAGAGCGAAUAAAUGAUAAAGUAAUUUGUCUGACUUCUUUUUCAUUGUACACUGCUUCUGAAUAUCAUCUAAUUGUUUUUAGUUGUCUAAAUAAAUUGCCUCUUAAA